GCCCUCCCUCGCGAGCGCCGAGACAUCGGCAGCCUGAUCGGCGCGGGCAUCAACGCGACUCGCAACGCCGCCCUGCUCGGCCUCAACGUCGGCGCCAAGGCGACCAGCGCCGCCGCGAACGUGGCUCGCGCCGGCAUCAAGGCGGGCGAGAAGGCCGAGCAGAGCGCCCUCGCGGUGAGCCGCCAGGCCCUGGAGACGAGCAUCAACGCCGCGCGCUCCAUCAUCAACGGCGUCGAGUCCGGCGUCGGCCGCGGGCUCAACGCCACUGGCUCGGUGUCCGGCAGCGCCGCCAACGCGGCCCGCUCCGCCAUCUCCACCGCCCAGAACGCCGCCAGCUCCGUGGGCCUGGGCAACGUCGCCCAGACCGUCGGCAACGUCGCCCGCACCAAGGUCAACGCCACCCAGGCUAUUGUCGGCCGCGCCGUCAACGCCGGCGCCCUGGGCAACGGCCUCGUCGCCGACCUGGCGAGGACUGGCCUGAAUGCCGGUGAGCAGCUCGGAAACCUGGGAAUCGACACUGCCGGCACGGCCGCCGACGGUGCCCUCAGUAUCGCGCGUACCGGCGUCGAUGCAGGUGAAUCAGCGGCCAACAUCGCCAUCCAGACCGGCCGUAACGCCACCGACCUGACCGCCGACGCCGCUCUGCGGGCCAUUGGCCAGUAAGCAGACCACGAAGAGUUUCGAGCUAGGGAUCAUCGCAAUCGAUGAACAUGACCAACAACCCACCUGCCAUCCCAAUAAAACAUCUCAAAACGGAAA